AUGGGCAAGGAAGGCCGGCAACGACGGCGAUGCCAGCCGCGGCUCAGCUUCGGAGCGGCUGUCGGGCAGUCCAGGCAGCGUGCCAGGAAGGUCCGGGACUCGUGCCAGUGCGGCUUGCGCAAGGACGGCGAGCCUUGGGCUCUGAAGCAGGUCGUCAGCAAGGCGAACGGCAGCGACCAGGUGCCCGUCGGCGACGCUUGCGAAGAGUGCUACAGCCUCCACCACGACGGAUUUCCGUAUCUCACUUGGGAGGACCCGUGCAGCCAGAACGAGAACGACGAGAACGUGGAGUCUAACGUCACGAAGGCUCGGUGCGUGAAGUCGGGCUCGGUUGCCGCGCCAUUAGUCGCGGAGUCGACGGCUACCCGCGACGAGUACGGCAUCGAACUUCGCGAGUGUUUCAUCGCGCUGGGCGAGUCGGAGCUCCGCAGCGUCACGGACAGGAAACGGUUGUCCAAGAAGUUGACUCUGACGUUUUAA